AUGACACGUGCUGCAGACCCGCCAGUGAGGCGUCGGUUGCGGCGGAAGUCGAUGGCGCCGGAUGCGUAUAGGAGGCCGUCCUUUAGCCUGAAGGAGCGGCACAGUAGCUACGUGGUCGUCAAGUCUGCCCUCAACGCAGCGGAACUUUCCGCACUGGACCACGUGCUGCGAAGGAAGCGGCCCAAAGCCGCCAAGAUGAAGAACGAGGGCGCAGGGGAGUCGGACGACGAGCGAAAGGCUAGAUACGACGAUCGGGACAGCAACAUCUCCUGGCUGAAGCCACAGAAGGAAUGCCCGCUCAUGUAUCAGAAGCUGAAAGAUCUGGUCCGUGAUGUCGCCAACAAAGAGUGGCCACUCUUUCAGGUCGACGGAGCUGGGGAUCCCAUCUGUACAUACGAGGACGCCCAAUACACCGUCUACCGGGAGAGCCAACACUUCCAAGCCUGGCAUCAGGACGCGUUCGAAAAGGGCAACGAUCCUGAGGACGCACGGCAAAUCACCGUGGUGCUGAUGCUCUCGGAUGCGAGCAACUACACAGGGGGCAGCUUCCAAGCCAAGGUCCCCAAUGCGGCGAAGCGCAAGGUCACUCAGUGCAUCGCGAUGGAUGCCGGGGAUGCCUUGGUCUUCCCAGCCAAGAGGCUGAUGCAUCGUGUCACCGUCGUCAAGUCGGGCGUCAGGAAAACCCUGGUGAUGUGGGCCUGGGACAAGCAGUCAAGCCGCUACCACACGGCAUUGAAUCUUCGUUCCAGAGUCUUCGGGAACAACCUCACAGAUCUUUUGGAAGAGAAUCGAACUGACUAUGCUCCGGCCCCGCAUCCGCGCCACUACCAGUUCAUGGCAACCUCGACGCGGUAUGGGACCAACCCUCACACAGCUUGCGGGCUGGAUUCUGCAGCCCUGGUUGGUGGAACCGACUACCUUGCGGUGGCCUCUGCGCAGGCCAUGCAAGACGGAUGCUGCAGGUGCAAUCGGAAUGGCGGAGGAGGACGCACCGCCAGCCUGGGAUGCGGAUCAUGUGGCAAAGGGAGAUUUGUCAGGCAGCUGCCUCGAGGAUUCAAGAUUUGGACACCUGCGUCAGCCCAGAUCUUUCACAAAGAAUACAAGUUUGUGGUUGUGGACAUUUGCCCACACUCCCACAAUGCCAUGUGGUGCCCUGCAAGAGCAGGGCAAGCCAAUCAGUUUGGAGUCCACAACCAUUUCGACUUUGCCACAGUACCCCACCACUUUGACAACUACUACUUCGAGUUCACGCCGGAGCCCUGCAACCACGACAUGCAGUCCCGCUUGGCCAGGAUGUCCAAAUGCCACUUGCGGUGA